AUGGUAGGCGCUGCUACUUGCCGCUGGGCCCAUGCGGCCCUCGACCCACAAAGCGACCUGCUCCCCGCUAUGCGUUCCUUCUACGCCUCCUUCACCUCCUACUUUCGCAACACCAAAACCCUCGCCCACAUCGCCACCUACAAAGCCUACUAUGCCGAUGCCGACCCCUUUCACUCUGCGAUGGCCUUCUGUGCGUUUGUCAGCUUGUACGUCUGGAUCAUGGAAAAAAUCACGGGUAACGCAUCGCAAGUGGAUGGUCUUUGGACUUUGCUCCCGCUCAUCUAUUCGCUCCACUUGACGUUCCAUAAGUAUUUCACCUACCAACCCGCCAAGAUCUCGUUCUUUGGCGGUGUACAGCAUGCAAGCAUCUGGGACAAGAUCGAACCUCGUUUGGCGCUCAUGUCAACCUUGUCCUUGCUCUGGUGCAUUAGGUUGACUUACAACGCAUAUAGGAGGGGCAUGUUUAAGCCUGGAGUGCAAGAUUACAGGUGGCCUUUGCUACGAAAGUCUAUGUCCCGACCGGUUUGGGAGAUCUUUUCGAUCUUGUUCAUCGCCAUUGCUCAGAACAUUCUACUCGCUAUCACUGCCUUACCCAAUUACCUCUUGCUCACAACGACUUCGGUUAAACAUGUAACCCAACCAGUCGCUCGUCCCGUCACCAAACUCAUCCUCGGAGACUACAUGCUUGCAGCAUUCUUCAUGGCCAAUCUCACCGUCCAAUUCUUGGCAGAUGAACAACAGUGGAACUACCAGAACUACAAACGUGGUAAAAACGCUCAAGGAAACCCCUUGCCCGCUGCUAUGGUGGAUCCGGUUAGGAAGCUUCCUCUUGAAAAGCAAGCGGUAAUGCCUUAUUGCACCCGGGAAGAUGCCCAGCGAGGUUUCGUGUCAAAGGGAUUGUGGGCUUGGAGUCGACAUCCUAACUUUGCAUGCGAGCAGGUUACUUGGUGGAUUCUAUACGCUUUUGUUCCGCUUACUUUCCAUUGCGGGAAUGUGCAUUGGUCGCAGUUGGUCAAUUAUGCGCUUAUUGCUCCGUUGGCGAUGAACGUGUUGUUCUAUGCAAGUACCGUCUAUUCGGAGGCGGAGAGUGCGAAAAAGUAUCCCGAGUAUAGCGAUUAUCAGAACAGGGUCGGCAUGUUUUUGCCCAUCCAUACAGUCGUGAGGGCGGUGUACUACAAUGUCUUUGCGCAUAAGCAGACAAAGAAGAGCGUGGAGGAGAAUGUUUGGGGUAAGAGCCAGAUUAGUAACAAGAAGAGUCAGUAA